UUUUCUGUAAUUAUCGCACGUGACUGAGACAAUCCAACUCCGACCGAAGUCAAAACAAGAGAGGGAGAGGAAGGAACAGCCGCCACCGUCUGAGAUUGCAGCGAUGGCCAUAACCGCCACCAUUUCCGUUCCAGUUUCAACACCCAUUCACCGCUCUCUUCCCGCUGUCAAUCUCUUCCGCUCUUCUUCUUCUUUCGCCCCACCGCAACGCACUUUCAACUACCUCAACUCUCGCCUCGUUGCUUCCUCCAUGAGCACCGAAGCCCCCGUCAAAACAACCUCCUCCUCCGCCGCUUCAUCCCUGAACUCCGGCAGUGGCUUCCUCCAUUUCGCCAAGUAUCACGGUCUCGGCAACGAUUUCGUUUUGAUUGAUAAUAGAGAUUCUUCAGAGCCUAAGAUCAGCUCAGAGAAAGCUGUGCAAAUUUGUGAUCGUAAUUUUGGUGUUGGGGCUGAUGGGGUUAUCUUUCUAUUACCUGGCAUCAAUGGCACUGACUAUACCAUGAGGAUUUUCAACUCUGAUGGUAGUGAACCUGAGAUGUGUGGCAAUGGAGUGCGGUGCUUCGCUAAAUUCAUUUCCCAGGUUGAGAAUAUACAUGGGAGGCAUAGUUUUACUAUACAUACUGGUGCUGGCCUGAUUGUUCCUGAAGUCUUGGAGGAUGGAAAUGUCAGAGUCGAUAUGGGGGAGCCGGUUCUUAAAGCAUCAGAUGUACCUACUAAAUUACCUGCAAAUAAGGAUGGAGCUGUUGUUAAAUCAGAGCUAGAUGUAGAUGGAGUUAUCUGGAAUGUGACUUGUGUUAGCAUGGGAAAUCCACACUGUAUCACCUUCAGUAGAAAAGGAAGCCAGAGCUUGCUUGUUGAUGAAUUGAAGCUAGCAGAAAUUGGUCCGAAAUUUGAACAUCAUGAGAUGUUCCCUGCACGAACUAACACAGAGUUUGUGCAAGUUUUGUCUAAUUCACACCUGAAGAUGCGUGUUUGGGAGCGUGGAGCAGGAGCAACACUUGCCUGUGGAACUGGAGCUUGUGCUCUUGUUGUAGCAGCAGUUCUUGAGGGUCAUACUGGAAGAAAUUGCACGGUUGAUCUCCCUGGAGGGCCUCUUCAGAUUGAAUGGAGGGAAGAAGAUAAUCAUGUCUAUAUGACAGGCUCCGCAGAUCUAGUGUAUUACGGAUCUUUGCCCCUUUGAUAUGUUGCCCCCAAAACUAUUGUUAAACAGCAAUUGUGGAAUUAUGAAUUACUUAUGCUAACAAUUGCAUUAGAGAAGCAGAUUUUCAUCUUGUACUGAAUGUUUUUACCACGUAUUCAACAUCUUCUCAUUUGGUGUUGAAUCAUGAAUGAAUCACUAAGAUUGGCUA